GCAAAAUAAAAAAACUUGUUAGGGAACGAAAAAACAACAACAACAUGACAUACCUAACUCAUUCUUUGUUCUUCUUUUUCUCUUGCUUAUCUAUGCUUCUUUGCGUCUCCAUUGCUGGAAGCAGACCUGUUCACGGUCCAGCUUAUACAAAUCCGUCUGCUUUCUCUCCAGAAGCUUACGAUUUCUUUCACCCAAAAUCAUCACUCUCUGAUCACAAUAAUCCACCAAAAAACUCACCUUCUUCGCCAUCACCUUCACCUUCAAAGACAUCUAUUGUAGAACCAGAUUCACAAGGAAGUAAAGUUUCAUCAGACGAACACACAACAAGUGAGAGUAGUCGCAGAGAAGAAGAAGGACGAGGAGAAACCAUUGGAGUAGUAUUAGGCCUUUCUUUCGUCGCAUUUCUCUCAUUAGGAAUCUACUUUGUGAUCAAGAAACAACGUGCUAAUAUGAUUCGCACUAUUGUCACUCACUCUGAUGCUUGAAUUAACCAAAAAUAUACUUCUUCUUUUUUU